CGGCAGCCAGCGCACAACUUCCUUUGUGGCAGCCAAUCGGCGGGCGCGGCGGCGGCGCGGGGGCGGGGCCGGGAGCUGGGCUUCCGGUGGCGGGGCUUCCGGUGGCGGGGUCUGCGGCCGGGGCGGCAGGCACCAUGUCCGGCCGCGAAGGUGGCAAGAAGAAGCCGCUGAAGCAGCCCAAGAAGCAGGCCAAGGAGAUGGACGAGCCACAGGUGGAAUUAAGAAAUCUGGCAAAAAGUGAACUGCUUGUGCCUGGGGCAAUGGUGAUCCUCGAUUCCAUCCCUGUUCUCACGUCAGGACUCCCUGUCAUCGCAUCUCCUGCCACCUGGAGCUGGAAUGAAGUGUUGUCUUGGAGACUGUGGUACAUUUAAGAAUAAACGUUUGUAAAAACAAAAACAAAAACAAAAAAAAAAUGAUAACGAUAAUUAUGCAUCGGCUCAUCUCUUCACCUCUCAUUCUGCCAUUUCAACCUUAGGCGUGUGGUCAGAGGAAGCCCAGCUCAGAAUCCUGGCAAAGCGUGUUCUUGGAGAUACUCUGUGUAACACCUGGAAUUAAACCAGCGUGCUGGAAA